AUGUGCACUGGUAACAACAUUACCGUAACUAAUUGCACGGGAAUGUAUGACGCAUGCCAAACAUCUGGAUUGCAUAUCAGUCUGAAGCUUCCAAAGUUAAAAAUGGACAUGAGAAUGAUGUCAUGCAGCAUGAAGGUAAGCGUGCUAUAAAAUAGUAACCAACAACAUCGACAGAAAUCUUAUUUUCACUUUUUUUUUUGUCCUGGUCGGCGGAUAAUAUUUACCUGUUUACGUUGGCCAGUAUGUCAAUGUCUAAUACAAGCCAUAAAAAAUAUUUUAAUAAGGCAAAAAUACUACCAAAAAAAGCGGAAAGAAAAAAGUUAAAAAGAACGAGAGCAGACCUAACACCUAGGCAAAAUUGUUUUUAGAUAUUUUCUGGCUUGUGUUGAGUUUUCCCUUACAAUUUACGUUCUCUGUUAAUCAGACAAGUUCUGAGAUUCAAAAGGCAAUUUUUCAUUAUGUGGUCCGGGGGUAGGGGGGUGCACUUAACCGGGAUAGUUAGGGUGGGAAGGGGGAGGGGUGGCUGAUUCUUUCAAACCGUUCGUUAUACUACCCUGUGUAAGACAACGAAUUGUGUUGAUUAUGGGAAGAAUGUCCAUAAUGAGAAAACAUCUUUCAAAGUUAGAUAGAUUUAGAGCACUUUUCGAUUGAGUGUCGUGAUAACAAAACUAGAGUAAUCGCAAAAACCAGUCAGAGAAAAUGUCCCCGUGAGCCAAUGAGAAUUCAAAGAAGGCGACCAAGAAGCAAUUAGUUUUUAGUUUGCAUCUGAUUGGUUGAGAGGAUAGCAAGAUAAUUCUGGACUAAUUACUAGGCGAGGUUGAACAAAACCAAUACAAUCCCGGAUUCGAUAUUCAAUUGAAAACUUCCCCUCAAGCAAUUUUUUCAACUCUACCAAUGUAAACCACGCAUCGCCAAGUCCCCACCCAGUUAAGACGCAAAAUAACGAAAUGGAAAACCCUGUGUCAAGGACUUAGAACCAGAAUGAAAGCCUCAGUGAAAAAAGUGUGAUUCCUUAAGGCCUGUCGGUAUCUCGAGAGACUGAAAAUAAAUAACAGACACUCCUGAGAGGUGACUUUUUCUACCUAAUAACAUUGAAAAGAUAGUAAAUUUUUGGCUGGGUCCUCGAAUAAAGACAGAUAUGAUAUGUUUUCCUAUGAGCAUGGAACGAAGAGAGAAUGUGGGUCUUCGGCGAGGAAUUGAAUCAAAUGGCCUUCGGAAUUCGUGCUCUCAUCUUAGUCCGCCUUCUUGUUAAAGCAGAUAACAUCAGACAGAGCGAAUACAAUUUUCCUUUAUUCUCUAAGAUAUUAGUUUUUUCAUUUAACAUUUCUAAAAAUCAUCACCCAGUCGCUAUUAACGAAAAGCUCGAUUUUUUUUUCUUAGUCUGCGUGCUCCAAAAUAACCACAGACGGCUGUAAAAAUGUGACGUCCUUAACCAAGGCAGUCCCAGGCUCCAAAGUAGAUGCUUGUGGCGUCAGUUGCUGCUAUACCGAUAAAUGCAACACCAAAGACCUCGUGGUACUUUCGACACCCACCGCUAAAUCCGUGGCACCAUUCUCUGAGGUAUCCUUGAUUAUCAACCUCGUGUUCCUCUUGUCAGCUGGAAUCGCUGUUACUGCGAUUUAGUGGAAAGAGGCGAGCCGAAAAGGCCGCCACUUUGGCUUUCUGCAAGGUCGUGAAAAUAACUCGGGAUUUGGUGUGCUAACCCUCAGCAACUAUUUAAGUUUGUGAUUAGUGGUAUUUUUUCAAAGCAUGAUUAUGCUGCUUCGUUUUAGAAACGUUUUUCAAGUACCAAUCAGGUAAAGAAAAAUAACAGAGGUUAGGAAAUCUAGACAAUGGUUUGUCAGCUCUACGCUAUCAAAUAUUUUGAUGUUUAUGAUUCUUUGUGUUCUACUGUUUAUUUUUAAAUUUUUAUUAAGUGCACUUGAUUAUUUAAAUUGAGUUUUCACUUUAUAUUACUAUUAAAGAGGGCGCAAAUCAACUCAUUUCUAUCUCUACUUCUCUUCUAAACGUAUUAUUGACCCCGAAAUGGGUGGAUACUCGGGGGGUCUUUUACGAACUUUUGAUCGCAUACAGUCGACCACUGCGCAUCCUUAGUUUUGGCCUUCGUUCGCUUUGAUAUUGUUUUAUCAUUUUGUUCAUAGAAGACAUGGAAAUGGUAAACAAUUUCCGCCAUGAAUACAUAAUUUUGUAGUCAGUCCGAAAAAAGAAAAUCCGUCGUGUCAUUUCAGUAAAGGUCUCUUUUAGGCUGCACGAAAGGUUAAAAAAACAAGAUAUCCUUCUUUGAAUUAUAAAAACCAAAAAGUAGUGUAGUGCACUACAAGAUGCUUUAUAACAUAGCUAGUAAAUUUGUCUAAUCAAAUUCAACUGCGUGAGCGUGCUUCAUAUUUCUAUUGUGCACGCUCAUGACGUCAGCAAACAAAUCCCUCGAGAAAGAAAUUUCCUCCGCAAUUUUUUACUUUUACAUCGGGUUGAAAAUGUUAUAAAACAAUUGGUUCAUACGUCAGCUGUGCGUUCAUCGAAAUAUGAGGCACUUGGGAAGUUUGGAGAGCACUUAAGAAGCUAGAGCUACUCUUACGCAUCUUUCGAGCUCUCCAAACUUCCCGCGUGCUUCAUAUCUCGAUGAACACACGCUGAUGUAUGAACCAAUUGUUAAUUAGAGCAACAAUAAUUACAAACGAUACCUCUUGCAUGUUUCCAGCUUCCUGCCGAAAAAUUAAAAAAAUUUGACGGACUACAGUAUAAUCACAUGGAGAUACAUAGGAAACUAUCUAGCCAAUUGCUCGGUGAUGAAGCAAUUGACCACGGAGUCGAUGCCGACAUUAGCGUUUGUUUUUCUAUCUGUUUCGCUCUAGAAUCAGUUCAAAUGACCCUUUGACUCCCAAGAUCUAAUUGUGAACUUUCCCCAGUAGCUAUUACACAUUUCCUUGUAAAUUUAGUGUUAGCUCAAGAUAACAACUUCUACCUGAUAAAUUUGAGUAUUCUCGUUACCUGUUUGCUGGAUGAUCUCAUGUAUGGAUACUAUAACAGAGUAGAAGUUACCCUUUAAUCACUUCUGAGAGUUAAAAGGUUAAUUCCUGUAUAAAUACCUGGGUGGACGGUUUCUAUCAAGCUGGCACUUCAAAUAUCCUUAUUGGUUUCCGUUAAAAGACUCAUUUCAAAAACUUCUGGGGUUUUCACUGAAUCGAACUGGUGUCAUCGUGGCGUGCGAAGGUCGAAAAGCCGCCACCAUUCCACCGACAGAAUCUGUCACGGAGACCUGGUAACUACAUUAAUUUCAAUUAAAACCAUGACGUCAGGGUGUGUUGGUUCAUUGUAGCUACAGAAUCUGGAAAGACGCGACCAGAGGAUUAGUGUCAGAGGAUUUAUUUCUAUUGAUACGAUGAAAGGCUCAAUCCUGAUUAGUGUACUGCUAAUUGCUCUUCCAUGUGGUAAGUACUAGAAUUAACUGAAUUACUUUAAAAAAAGCCUAUCAGUUUUAAUGCAGAGAGACAUUUGCUUGUUUGAUUUCCAGUGCUCGUUUUUGGAAGAUAUAUUAAUACAUAUAUAUGACGUAAGGCCUUAUUUUUUCAAGGGUAGAAAAUUUAUAUCAGUAAACAUUGUUCAAAAGCUAAUAAGUGCAUGAGAUUCAUUCUAGUUUGCUAAAUCACACACAGAUUUACUAAGUUAAAAUCUCUAAGAUUAUCAGUGAUUCGGUAUUUCAGUCAACAUUAUGGACCAAUUUUCUUGUCUGCUGUGGACAGCUUGACGACUUGUAUUAAGGUAGCCGAUGUGUUUAAGCGCUGUUAUCCAAAAAUCCUGGAAAUUUUCUUGUUUCAAGGUUUAAAACGUUCUUAAUCCACAGUCCUGCUGCAAAAGCUUUUAACGUUUUCACAUAAAAGGCGUUGAAAAGCGUUAUGCUAAUUUCAGUACUUCCGUUGUUGUGACCUCUUUGAUUACUCAAACAAUAACACGCCUUACUUAAUAUUCUGUUGCGACUAUCUAAGUAAAAAGAGCAAUGUUUAAAUAUUUAUUUAGGGGCAAGUUUUAUAUAAAAAAUUUCAAUUCAAAUAUAUAUACAGACAUUGUGGACAGAGCCUUGCUACCUUUAGUCAUUGCUUUCUGAAGACUUUUCUACAAUGAUACUUAAAAAAUAAAGAAAAUAUUCGCUAAUUGCUCAUUUCGCCGCGAGGAGUUAUCCUAACAGUCAAGGGUUUGAACAAAAUUAUCUCUUUGUUAUAAAGCAGGUGAAACAAAAAGUGUCAUUUUUCAUCAUAUUUUCGCAAAGAAACCAGUGAACUUAUUUUUUGCCGCGCACCAUUCCUUUAAGAAGCUCAUACAGCUUGCGGUGUAAAGAAUAAAGCAUCUUCUAACAUAAUAAUGACAACAAGUUUAAGAAGUGACUCACGAUAGCUUUUGCAUUCAAAGGAAAAGAUAUAAAAGUGUCUGAAUUCAAUUGUCCGUCGGCGCCGUCGUCGUUUGCAGUUCGUUUUGUUGCUGCCUAGUCUUGUUUUUAUUUCAGACUCUGUAAACUCCAAUCAUCUUCUCAAUAACAAGUUUUUCGAAAGGAAUCAUUUGUGAUGAGGCACCACUACCUUUGAGCUCUUGAUUGUGGUUUGUGGUAACAACACACUGCUAACAAUGAACUUACUAACGAGCCACGGCUUCUUUUGUGAAUCAGACCCAAAGGAAGAUCCAACACGUACCAAAAAAGGAUACAAAAGAUGGCGGCUCCUGUGUGGUUACUGAAUAACACUUGGCCCGCAACAAAAAAGCACAAAACAAAAUGCCAGCGAUUUGUCUUGAAAAGUACCGCAUUGUAUGGCAAUCCAGUGGUUUGAGACCACAAGAAUGUUACGGAGCCUCACCGUUUACGAUUGCAUUUCCAAACACAGAAUUUGGUGUGCAACUUUUUUUCCCGCUGGUAUUGAACACGCAGUAAAUCAGGGUAAAAAUUCCGCACAGCCCCAUACUAUUGUAAAACAAAUCUGUUUUCCCAAUGGCAAUCUAUUGUUUUUGUCAUUGUUUCCUCUAUCCAAGAACUGAAUGCAUAGGGCUGUGUGGAAAUUUUACCCAAAUCAAGCCAGGUGUUUGAAUAAGUUCUUCAACUGCGUAUUAGCGUCACCUUGGACUGUUGUUUUUGCAGUGUGUUUUUACUGAUAAUUUAUUUUAAGAAAUUCAUUUUUAAAUCUUGCACAUUUGAUAAACCAGAAUCAUUUUAUGGUAAUUUGCAUGUUGUUAAAGAAAUAGUAAUAGGUUUAUCAAAUAAACUCUUUCUUCGAUUGUGUGAUUAUGACAGUCAGGAAUUGGCUUUUUUGUUCCAAAUUGUUUUAUCAUGAUGCCUGUUCUAAGCAGACCACAAAUGAAGCGAACACCAACAGAUGACCCGACUUUUGCCGACUCUUCAUUCAGCCCACACUUUCCUAUUUCUUUAUUUAGCGGACACCGUAAAAGCUUUUAAGUAGAGAUUUGAAAAAAAUUAGAAAACAAAACCACGUUUUAUAUAUGAAGCAAUAAUAUUUCCUGUGAAUUGAAAUUUCAGCUCUUGGAAUAAAGUGUCUCAGCUGCAAGUUUGGCGGACUUGAGUCUAUGUGUGAUUCAGUGUCAAAUAGUUCCUAUACUAACUGUACGGGAGUUCUUGACGCAUGCGUGACCACCGGAAUGAUGGUCAAGUUGAAACUUGGCAUGGAAAAGCAGGCGUAUACUAUGACAUGCGGGCAAAUGGUAGGUUGAGUAUAACUCUGGGAGUUCUUCAGACGGUUAGUCUUUCGGUCGGUCUGGUUAAUUGACAGUGAAUCAGUUAGUUUAGCCGGCUAGACAUUUUUCACUCAUUCAGUUAGUCAGUCAAAAAGUUAAACAAUCUGCCAGUUAGUUAGUUACCUAGUCAGUCAGUCACUUAGCCCAACAGUCAUCAAGAAGCCAGCCAGCCAGUUAAUCAUACCUUCCCUCCGUCCUAUUCAGAUUUUAAAUCACCUUGCUUUUCUCUUUACAGACCCUUUGUUCCAAACUUGAAACGGAGAACUGUGGUCCUGAAGGCGUAAGAAAGUAUGUUGACAAGAUUCCAGGAGUUAAAGUGACCAAGUGUGGAGUAGCCUGCUGCCAGACAGACAUGUGCAACAACAAAGACCUUGUUAAACCAAAACCAUUGCCGCCAGUGGCCUUGGCUGCUUUUACGAGCGCCUCUCUUAUGGCCAGCUGUAUCUCGCUUUUGUUGGGAUUUGCUCUCAUGGUGUAAUCUCACUUACCUAACGCAGUUUUUGACACGAAGAUUUUCAGUCAAAAGCUGUAGAAAGUAGCAAGCUUUUUUUAUUCCACUUUUUCAUAUAUUAUUUUGAUUGUAAGGACAGGACUCAUUGAUAUUUCAAGGAAAAAGGUUUAAGUAACAUUUCUCAUUUCAUAGGAAAGAUGUAAAGAUUUUUUCCCGCUUCGUGGUGAAAAUCUUCUUUCCGUUCAUAAUUGUUCUUGUAUCCAACGCUUAAUAAAUGUAACACCUUUACUGUACAGUUUCUCUUACAUGUUAGUGCAUGCAUAACGUUUGGAAUUAUUAUUCUUUGUAGAAGAUCUUAAGAAAG